AAGGACGGGAGCUAUCGGCCAAUAUUAGAUCUGCGUGUGCAGAAGAGAGCGCUCAUGCCGUUGAAGUUCAGAAUGCUGACUCCCCGCCGGCUAGUUCAGUUCAUAAGGCCAAACGAUUGGUUCAUUACGAUAGAUCUAAAGGAUGCUUACUUCCAUGUCUCAAUCCACCCCAAACAUCAGAGAUUUCUGCGGUUUGCGUUUGGAGGAAUAGCAUACCAGUUCCACGCACUCCCGUUCGGUCUGGCUCUGGCACCGAGGGUUUUUACAAAGUGCGUGGAAGCAGCCAAUUAUCUGGACGAUUGGCUACUUUGUGCUCGCUAAAGAGCAGCAGCGGUACAAGACUGCCAUCUAGUGGUGGCACACUUGGCUUUGUGAUAAACAAGGAAAAAAGCAUUCUGCGCCCAGGCCAAACCGCGCAUUUCCUAGGCAUGACUCUAGACUCCACCUCAAUGAAGGUCAGUCUGUCUCAGGACCGAAUAAAAGCCAUCGGAUCAUGCGUACAUCAGUUCGUCCUUGUGCUGCCAAAGACUGCUGGGCAUGAUGGCAUCAGCCGCAAUCACUCUCCCUCUGGGGAUGUUACGUAGGCAGCCUUUUCAAAUAUGGUAUCUCUCCUUGAAACUCAGUUCUACCAAGAACUCCAGAUGCAGGAGAGCCCUGGCAAUCUGGAGGACUCCGCAGUUCUUCACGGCAUCGGGCCCCAUGGGCAUUGUGAAGCGCCGCGUAGUGGUAACCACAGACGCCUCCACAAAAGGGCGGUCUGCAAGGGGAGAUAUGUGAACGGUUGCUGGUCUGCAGCAGAGGAAUGUAUUAGAACUGUGAGCGGUUUUCCUAGCGCUGCGGCACUUUCUGCCCACGUUAAGUGGUCGCCAUGUGUUGGUAAGGACGGACAACACUUCAGCCAUGGCAUACAUAAACCGCCAGGGCGGAGUGCGCUCUCCGUCGCUGUACCACUGGGCGAACCACCUGCUCCUGUGGGUGGCGGCUCACUUCCGUUCCCUCAGAGCAGUUCAUAUUCCAGGCCACCUCAACUACGGGGCGGACCUGUUAUCGAGGGGCGACCCUCAGGCGGCAGACUGGUGCCUCCACCCUCAGGUGGUGGAUCAGAUUUGGUUGCGUUUUUACAGGGCCCAGGUGGAUCUGUUUGCCAACAGACAGAACACCUGCUGCCCGCUCUGGUUCUCGCUGGGGGGCGACAACCCUCCACUGGGCGUGGACGCACUGAGCCACCAGUGGCCGAGCUUGCGUCUGUACGCGUUUCCCCCGGUCCCGCUCCUCCAGCAGGUGCUGUGCAGGAUAGCGGACGAGGGCAGAGAGUUGCUGUUAGUAGCCCAGUCAGCCGUGGUUGGCGGAUCUGAACAGAAUGUCAGUGCAACCGCCUUGGGAGCUGCCUCUUCGGAGAGACCUUCUAUUGCAGGCGCGCGGAACGGUCUGGCAUCCCCGGCCAGAGCUGUGGCAUCUCAGGGCCUGGCACCUGAAAGGAGCAGGCUCCUAGCCUCAGGCUUGUCAGACACGCUGGUGGCUACAAUACAGAGUGCUCGGGUGGUGUUGACCCGAUCUCUGUAUACGCUGAAGUGGCGCAGUUUCGAGCGGUGGUGUGUCGCGCAUCAACGCGACCCCGUCAACUGCACGCUGGGCGUCAUAUUAGAAUUCCUAAAGCAGUUGUUUGAUGAGGGGAAGGUGGCUUCCACUCUUAAGGUAUACCUGGCGGCCAUCUCAGCCUGCCAUAAAGGCAUCAAUGGCAAUUCCCCGGGCAGCCAUCCUCUAGCGUCACGCUUUAUGGCUGGAGGUACUGGUACUGAUCAGGGUCCCCGGAGUUGUUGGAUGUAGCUGGAAACAGUGUCGGUAUAUUCAUUUAUGUCCCCAUCUGCUGCCUCCCGAAAUAUCAGCCAGUCAGUGGGGUCAAAAUAGUCCUGGAGAGUCGCCACACUCUCGUCACUCCAUUGAUGGACUGUUCUUGCAACUGGUCUGAAAUGUUUUAGCUUUUGUCUAUUUGCGGGGAGGAGGAGAAUGGAGGUGUGAUCAGCUUUUCCAAAAGCAGGGCGGAGAAGGGGUUUGUAACUGCCCCGGAAUAGUGUAUAACAAUGGUCAAGGAUCUGGUCUCAACGUGUGAAGAAGUGCUGAUGGUAUUUAGGCAGGACCCUGUUGGCUCUGUUGAAAUCUCCAACAACAAUAAAGGCUGCAUCUGGGUGCACAUUCUCUAGACCACUGAUAAUUUCAUACAGUUCAUCCAAAGCAGUAGCCUUAUCUACUUGGGGGGGAAUGUAGACUACACUCAUAACGACUGCAGUAAACUCCUGCGGUAGAUAGAAGGGUCUGAUUUUUACAAUUAGCAGCUCAAGGGCCGGAUAGCAGUGAGAUGCUAAUACUGCUAUGUCUGUAGCCCAAAGUAAGUUAACCAUCAGUGUUGGGGAGUAACGGAAUACAUGUACCAGCGUUACGUAUUUUGAAUACAAAUUAUGAGUAACUGUAUUCCAUUACAGUUACAAUU